AUGAACUUCCACAUAUCACCCCUCUCCCCUCUGCGGCCGCAGUUCUCCGGUUCUCUCAGCCCAAGCCCCAGCGCCGCCCGCCGCUACAGCCCCUCCGAGCCCGAUGACACGAACCAUGACACGGUGGGUCUUACCGGCCAUCCCAAGAUCGAGGUGGACGGCGUAGAGGCCGACGACGAGAUGGCCAGCACCACAGGCUCCGACUCGGACAUGACAGCCGACGACAUUACACAGGACAGCAGGGAUGUGCUCGUGCAGCGGCUAAACGACCUCGCCCAGCGCCUCAGCGGCGCCAACGUGCGGACCGAGAACAUCGAGGCACUGCACGCGCAGGUCGACGCGAUGGAGAAGGUGCUGUCGCGGCGCCACAGGAGCCCGAACCGGCUUUCCUCUGCGCGCCGGAGCGCGUCUCUGCAGCCCGGCUCGCGGCCGAGGUCGCUGGUGCUGCCGACCGGGAGCGACGGCCGCGACGCGCUGGGGAUCAUGGCGCCGAUGAGCCCGUCCUGGCUCAAGUCACACUUCCAGAGGCGCCCGUCUAUGCACGGCGAGAGGGACGAGACCUCGGACCUUCACAAGGCCAGCCCUGUGCCGCCGUCGGCGCGACAAUACCAGCCACCGACUGAGCAAUCGGGGCUCAUGCAUGCCAAUGCGACACCCACGGGCGGUAGCUCGCCUAAGAUCUCGUCCGAGAUGGCCGAUAGCAUCGUCAUGGAGGCCGAGGCCCUGUGCGCCGAGAUGUCGACUGUGAUAGAAAGCCUGCAGAAGCGGCGCGAAGAGUCAGAUCAUCUACACGCAGUAUCUGUCCAGCGAGAGGAAGCUGCAAAUGAGCGACUGCGCGAGCAGGCAGCCCGAAUCGACGAGCUCGAGGCGGCGGUCGCAGAGGACGAGUCGGAGCUCCGCUACCUGAAGAUCCAGCUGCGCGGCAUCGAGGCCCAGUGCGCGGGUUACAUCCCUAGGGGCGCAGACCCGGAGCUGGACGAGAGCAUCCGCUCCUGGAAGAGGGACUGGGCCACCCUCAGGGACAAGUGGGCCACUAGGAGGGGCACUUCGUUCGCGAGUGGUGACGAGUCGGGCUCGUUCUCCAAUGUGACGAGUCCUUCGACGCGGGGAUGA